AGGAGUGUGUGUGAGCCCUUUUGUGUGUGUGCUGGCCAUUCGCCGAGCCCGACUCCAGACGUGGCAUGAAACUGCCCAAUCAGCGUUCGCCUCUCUCACCGAGUAGGCCCUGUGCGGCCUUUGAGGUUUACUGCUGUGCUGACGGUUCGUGUACUUCGAAAUCUGUAGCAGACGAGGUCGCAACCAGCCGUUUUCCUCCCCAUCUGCAAAAUAUUUCUGGAGGAAAAUGGAGUUCCUUCUUCUGUUUGGCGUUGCCAGUCUGGUGACUGUGUUCAUUGGAACUGCCGUGUACUUCAUUAUGACUCUGGGUACUAAAGAGAAAACAUAUGAGGAAGCUAUUCUCGAACAACGUCAGCAAUCAGAAGCACAUGCCUUGCUCCUUGGAAAAUCUGCCAAAGACAAGCAGAAGGAGAAGAAACUCAAGAAGGCUGAGAAGGCAAAGAAAGUAAAGGAAAAGACAGCUGCAAUGAAGGAAACUUCUGACAGUGCUAGUGAUGAAGCUGAACUGAUUUCCCACUCUCACCACAAAAACCAGCAUGUUGCCUUCGUUGCUGAGGCUGCAAUCAUUGAUGAGCCUGCUCCAAACACAAAUCAGGACAAAAAGAAGAAAAAGGUAGCUAAAGCUAAGCCUAUACUUUUGAACAAAGAUGAUGCUCAAUUAGUUUCGGAAGUUAGCCCGUCAGUUGAUGCCAAUCAUUUUGAGACAAUCCAUCCCAAAGAUGAUUUGGAAAUGCGUCGCCAGAGCAAAGAUGAAUCCUCGGACCAAUCUGCUAAAAAGGCAGCUCAGAAGUUGAUUGAGGCCGAAAAGGCAUCCAAGGCACCCAAGAAGGAUGCGCCCAAAACGGAGAAGACCCAGCCGGCCAAGGUGGAGAAGCAAGUGUCUGGAAAGGCUGCCAAGGUGGAAAAGGAGAACAAGCCCCCAGCCAAGGAGACCGCGGACAAGUUGGAGAAGGCCGCUCCAGUGGAGGAGAAGGUCGCCGUGCAGGAAGUGGUGGUGGCAGUGACCGCCCACGCGCCCGUCGCCGCGUCCGCCCCGUCCGCCCCCGCCAAGAAGAAGAAGACGGCGAGGAAGGCGGACCCGCUGGAGCAAAUGACCACUGGCACUGAUGGAAUUAAUGCCAACGUCCUGGAACCCCUGAUUCACAAGGCCGAGCUCUCGCGCUCCGAAAUCCAGAAUUUGAUUGAUCUCUUGCUGAAUAAGCAGCAAGGGUCAGCUGCUGUGGUUGCUGAGUGGAAUGAGGGAAGGCAGGACCCAAUGAUGAAGCUGAAGAAGGCUUUUGCUGAGAAAGAAAAGGCUCUGCAAAUUGAACAGGAAGCGUCUGUGGCACUUCAGAAUAAGUUGAGGGAAGUCCGUGCUGAGGCCAAUGCUGAACGCUCUCGCCUGGUUGCUUCCAACAAGCAAACUGAGGAGAAGCUCCUGAGUCGCACCAAUGAGAUUGCUGCUGCCACGGCCAAGUUCCAUCACGAGAAGCAGACCCUUACCACUCAACUUCAACAGCUGAAACAUCAAUUGGAGCAGGAGCACCAAGUGAUUAGGAAAUUCCAGGAGGAGCUUGGCCAGGCCCAGAAUGCAAUUCAGACUCAGCAGACGCUGGAACACCACGUUGCCAAUUUGACCGUUCAGCUUCAGGGACAAGAUCAACAGAUGGCACUCCUGCAACAGCAGGUUGGAGAGAACCAGGCUGCAGUGCACCAGUGUGAAUUGCUCUCUGCCCAGGUGGCUCAGCUCCAGGAACAGUUAAAGAAUGCCCAAAAUUCAAACCAAGGAGAAGUUCACUCCAAGCAAAAGCAGCUCAAUGAUAUGAAAGUUGCCAAGGAAGACAUUGAGCGCCAACUGUCUGUUACUCGUCAACGUGAAGGACAAUUGAACUCGGAACUCGCCAAGUUGAAGGAUGUUGUUGGUCAAAAGCAGUCUGAAAUGGAAAAAUUGACUUUGGAAAUUUCAAAGCUUCAAGAAGAAAAUGAAGUUCUUACUUCACAGGUUUCUCUUGUUGGUAAACUGCAACUUGAAACCCGCCAACUGAGGGAGGAGAAUGAAUCUCUUGCUGCCCAGGUUACUGCUGUCACUGAACGUCCUGCUGCAGAAGGUCGAGAAAAUGGUGAUGUUGGAGAAGAAAAACAUGCUGAUGGCAAACUUGCCUCUGCUCAGCUUAUCAAUGACCUCCGUGAAAGAGACCUGCAGGUUGAAGAACUGCUUGAACAAGUGAAGCAGGCAGAAAAGUCAGCCACUUCUACAAUUGACUCUUUGAAGUCUGAAAUUAAUGCCCACAAAAAUGAGGUUGCUCAUCUGAAGUCAGAGCUGGACCAACAAAGAAAGAAAAAUGAUGAAUUAAGAAAUAAAAACUACAAGGCCAUGGAUGCUCUUGCUGCAUUUGAAAAGAUGUUCCAAUCUAAAGUACAAGAAACAGAAAAACUUGUUCAUGAUGCUGAAAAAUCUGCCCGGGUUGAAGAGGAAAGAAAGAUGCAAGAAGCACUGCAGCGUCUGUUCCCUUCAAUAUCUGUCGAGGAGAAAGUGCACGAGCAGUGGGUGAAAAAAUUCAGUUCUGCUGUAAGCAAACACGUAUCAGAGUUAGCAAAUAAACAACCAACUAAGCAGUUACCUGAGGAAGACCAAUCAGUGAUGAUUGCUGAAUUAGAAAAACGUAACUCUCAGCUAUCUGGAAUGGUCACCAAUUACAAGAGAAUUAUUGAGGAUACUGAAGGAAUGCUAAACAAGCUCCAACAACAUGUAGAAGCUGAGGAAACUAAGUGGCAGCAACAACUAGCUGACAAAGAAGCUGAACUGUCUUCGGUGGUUCGGGAAAGGGAUGAACUCAGAAAUGGUUCUUCUGGAGACCAAAGUAGUGUGGCCUUCGCUGGUACCGAUAUUUCUGGGAUUCACUUUGCAUAUAGUUGUAUUGAAAAGUCUCUACCCACAAUUGUGCGGGAGAUGCAGCAACAGUUAGGAGAACUGCAGAAUAAAUUACAGGCUGUCGAGGCUGAGAAAAACAAUCUCAAAGUUCAGCUUUCGUCCAGUAAAGAUGCCCUUGCUACAAUUGAUCAACUGAAAGAAGAGCAAAGCCGUCUUUCAUCUAACUUGGCUUCUGAGCAAGCCAAAGCAUUAGAUCAAGCCAACCAGCUAACAAAAUUGAAGUCUCUUUUGGAAGAAAGUGAGAGUGCUGUGCUCAAGGAGAAAGCAAGCUCACAACAGCUAAGAGAAGAAAUCGAGAAAAUUAAGGAGACCUAUUGUAAUGCUCCUCCAAGCCCUGUUCAAAACCACAAUGGAGCAACGAACGGUCCCUCUAGUUCAGCAGAGCCGGUUGAGAAAGCAGUUUCUUCUAAGAAGAAAUUAUCAGGUUGGCUCAAAAAGAAAGUCGUAGGCUCCAAGUCACCGAAUUUAUCAGCGAGGGAAGACGAUUUUUUGGCCAAUGAGAGACUGGAAUCCUCAUGAGGUCCUGAAAUUUGCUCCAAUUAUCAUCAUCAUCAUUGUUGUUAUCAUCUUCAUCUUGAUUGUUAUAGAAAGAUAUAUCUACGUAUGCAUUUUUAUUCCAUGAAUUGCCAGAACUUUAUAAGCUUAUGAUUAGUAUUGACUUAUAUCAAAGACAUGUCACUUGGUUGACACUUAAAUAUUUAGCAUAAGCCUCUUUGUUAUUAUGGAAUACAAGACCAAUACUUCAACUGAUGCUAUAAAGCUCAAUGACUGAGAUAUGAAUAUCUGUGACUGUGUUCUUGAUCUUUCUUUUUAUUAUAAUUUUGUAUCACCUAAAGAGUAAUGUAACAAACACAUUCAUUUUUUGUUAUCUUCAAGGAAAUCAUGCAGUUCAUCUUACCUCUUGUGUUAAAAUAUGGUUUCCUCAUACAGUAGCAGAAGGCGAGUGUUUUAGUUGUGGCCGGUGAAAGGGGAAUCAUUUGCCAAGUUUAUGGACAUACUUCGAGUUUGAAGCAUCUCCUGACUCCUGUGUUUAACUUGUUCAUGUUUUAUUUUCAAAGUCACUUAUUGGCCAGACUAUUUUAUUUGCCUUGACUUUUCAAUAUGAAGUGGAAGGAAUCCAAUUGGCUUGUCUAUCUACCUAAUAGAGUUUGAGGCUUCUAUGUUUAUAGUCAAUCAAAGAGGUGAAAAUGCUUGUACAACGGAUUCUCAUAGGUUUUUCAAAAAAUUUAGAACUUGUAUGAAAUUGCCACUUAUCUCCUGUUAUUUACGUUCAAGACUUUAUCUAUUUGUGGCCCACCACCUUUUAGUAUAAUGUACCUAUGCAGAAAUGGGAAGUAACCAUUGAGCUCAUUUAAAUGAUGCUUGAAAUAUUUUGAGGUAUUGUCUUGUGCAUUUUAUUAAUGCAUUGCUUUAGGUGAGUGCAUAGUAUCUCUUAGAUGUAGCACCUGUGUGUAUGAAUUUGUGUGAAUGCUCAUGUGUGUUGGUUGGGAUGUGAAUAUGUUGGAAGCAAUAAAACAUAGUUGCUGUUAUAGCAGUGUCAACAAGAAUAUUAUAUUAGUUUGUUUUGAAUUGCUUGUCAUGUUUGUUUUACAUUUGAGCCUUGCUGGCUCAUUAUUAUUUCCAUGCAAGCUUUUCAUUGUUAUGCUUUGUGACAUUAUUGUUUAUGAGAAAUUAUUAUGAAUCAACUACUAAAUGUUAUUAUGGUGCAGGAUAAAAUGCCCAGCAGCUUUCUUCUGCACGACCUGUAUUUGGUGAAUACUAGUCAAAAUGAUGCAGCACCGGUGAAAAGUUAGUUUAUUUUGAGAGUUACAAGGAAUGAAGUUCCUCGAAAUCUCUUGUGCCAAGUUCUCACAACUCUUUAUUUUGUGCAUUUUACGAGCUGCUUCAAUUUUAUCUUGCAUUGUAAGCGUUUUCCUCUUAGUCUUCUGUUUUUAAGUGAUUUGCUGAUAUCUACUUUAUUUCUUAUUUGAAUCUUUUAUUCAGCUCCAAGUACAAUGAUGGAUGGCAGGAUAGAAACUUGUCUGAGUGAUCAAGAUUAUUUUUGUUAAUGAAUUUAUCAUACAACUGAAAGGUUUUUAAAUUACACUGCUUGUUGCAACCCUUUAAGGUUGUUCUAUUCUCAGCCGGUUGCAAUAUUUAGUUAUCAUUUUCAUGUACUUGUGGAUAGUAGUCCACCUUAACUAUGCUCAAUUGUUACCAAGCACAACCAGCUGGACCGUCAUAUGAACUAUGAACAAUGAGAGCUGCCAAUUGUACUCUUGCUUUGGCGUACAGCUUUCAUCAAGAACAAAUCCAUUUUUAUUCAAUGUAUAGUGGCAAGUUUUUGGUUGCCAGAGUGUAGAAUUGGCUGGGCCAAAUAAUACAUGUAUGAAUGUGGCCGCUUCAUUAUUAUUUUUUUCAUGCAUUUUGCAUCUAGUUGUCUUUGGUAUCAAGACAUCCAAUGAAUUGAACCAUUGAAAGAAAAAAAACGAAAACAAAUCAUUUCUCUUCACCUUAUAAGGUAUUGCACUUUUAGUCUAGUUUAAAUACAUUUGAUUUUCAAAUUUUCAUGUCAUAAAUUGUGAUUUUAGAAGUCUAAGUAUUUGUGAAAAAUGUCCAGAAACCCCCUUUUUGAUACUGAUAAGCAGUGAUAGACUUGUGUGCAUAAUUACUGUGCUGUACUUAUCACCUGUAAUGCCUGUACUGAUAUGAUUCCGUUCCUGUUUAGAUUCCUCUUUAAUUUUAUACAAUAUGAAUUAGAUUAUCAUUAAGCUCAUGUUUGGUAAUGGUGCAAUAUUGGUACAUUGUCAAUUUUUUUAUUGUAUCUCUUUGUGGUAAUGAAUAUGGUUUACCCUUAA